UAUAUAUGUAUAUAUGCCCCCUAAAUUUCACAAUACAAACAAUAAUACGCUUUCACGCUCUUGAUUUUUCUUCUUCUCUUCGUCUACUCAAUGGAUUCAUCGUCAAAAGAACUGCAGGGCCCACGGCCGACGCCUCUAAAGGUCCGUAAAGACUCGCACAAGAUCCGAAAACCACCGCUGGCACCACCACCACAUCAUCAUCAACAACAACAACAACAACCACAGCAGCCACAACAGCAACCGCGGCCUCCGGUCAUAAUUUACACCGUCUCCCCUAAAGUGAUUCACACCCAUCCGGGUGAGUUCAUGAAUUUAGUUCAACGGCUCACGGGCUCAUCAUCAACAUCGUCUUCUUCUUCUUCAUCUUCCGCCACGGGUAUAACAUCUAAUCCGUUCAAUUACGAUUGUGGGGCGGUAUCGCCUGCGGCCAGAUAUGCGACAGUCGAGAAGGCUAAUAACUCGCCGGAAGGGAAGAAGAAAGUGAGCGAUGAGGGAUUGGAAGAGAUUGGCGAGGAUGUGUUGAUGGACAUGAUAAGUACUAGUUUUCCUGGUAUUUUGUCGCCGGGACCAGCUUCUCUGCAACCAAUAUCACCGAGCUUUUUCUCUGCGCCAUCCGAUCCGAACUGGAUUGGGAGCUUUUUUCAUGAUUUGAGUCCUGCAAUACACGGGGUUAACAGUAAUUUCAUGCCUAGCCCUUCUCAAAGCAGCUUUUUUCAUGAUUUGAGUCCUGCAAUACAUGGGAUUAACAGUAAUUUCAUGCCUAGCCCUUCUCAAAGCAGCUUUCUUUCACCCCAUUUGACUUCACCUUCCGUUGACCUUUUCAAUAAUUUCUUUGAUUUGUAAUUAUCUUCAAUGAAGAGGGCGAAGAUACAAAAUUGGGGGGGCUAAAAGUGGAAUUUUGAAAUAUUUUGGGUAGGUUUGCUAGUUGGAUACUUCUUAAUGGCUUUGUUUAUUGCUCCUUUUUAUUGAAUGUAGUUGGGCCCAUGAUAAUAUGAUGCAGGGGCAAUUUGUCUACAAUAUUCAUCUUAUGGGACUUAAUAUAAUUCCUCCUCUCUUAUAGAUGCUA